GUAAUAAUUCCUUGUUUUUCUCCUCAAUUUUUUUUUGUAUUUAGGUCGUGUUUUUCUUUUUGAUUACUACUAUUGUUAAUUUAAUUUGCUCAUGAUUUCGUUUAAUAUCAAUUAAAUUUAUAAUUUCUAGUUCUGUAUCUAUUAACUGUCGUCUUACCAUCUAAAACAUGUUUUUAUGAACAAUACAAUAUAUGACUAUAUUAAUGAUUUCUUUACAAAACAAUUAUGGACUAUCCUGUUCACGAAGAUCAUAUGAAUUUUGUAUGGAUGAAUGGGAAUGAUGUUUACAUGUCUCAAUCUCAAAAUGAACAUACUUUAGGAACAACAGCUAUUGAUCCUGUUUUUUAUGAAAAUACAAUACCACCAUUAGAAACUUUACAAUCUAGAAUUGACUUAAACAAUUAUGUUUUUUAUGAGCAGUCAAAAGAUAUUGAAAAUACUUCUGGUGCAUGGAACUAUAAAAAUAAUGAAGAAAAUCAAAUAAAUGAAAGUUUUAUAACUGAGAAAAGAGUACAUGGCUCAAGUUCUCGUAAAAUUAAACCUGUACUGAAUCCUGCACUUAAGUUAAAGACUCCCAUUGCAUAUCAAAGAGAUUCUGAUCCUAAUAUGCUACCUAUUGAAAAAGAAGGAAGAGCCGUUUGUGAAAACUGUGGAGCAAUAGGUGUCAAACAUUCAUUUUAUACAAAACUUAGGAAUUACUGUAGUCAGGCUUGCGUAAAAGCUGCAUUAGAAAAAUCUGAAGCUCUAGGUGAAUCAACAGAUCAAUCUGUUUCAGAAGAACAUGAUAUGGUUUCAUUAUCUAAUCAACCAAUUGUAAAAUCAUCAUUGAAUGAUUCGGUUAAUCCAGACAUCAAUAAUUUUCUUAAUCCUGUUCCAAAUAAUCAAACAACAACACAACAAUCAAUCAUUGACAAAGAGUCAGAUGAUGAAUCAAUAUCUUUUGUGACAUAUCCUACAGAUGAUGAUCUUCUGUAUCCUCCUGACAAGAGACCAUGCCAACCAUUGCAGCAAACUUAUGACUGGAUCAAAGCAUUAAACUGUAGCAGUUUUCAAGCUGCCCCUGUACAUUGUUUUCCUUAUGCUCCAAUGUCAGAUUGUUGGGACGACAUGGCUGUUGGUAUUAAAGUAGAAGUAGUCAAUACUGAUUGUGAUAAUUUUAGUGAAGAAUUUCCAGAUUAUUUUUGGGUUGCUUCAAUAGUUUAUAUUUCAGGGUAUAAAGCAAAAUUAAGAUAUGAGGGUUAUGAAUCAGACGACACUAGUGAUUUUUGGGUGAAUUUAUGUUCUACUCUAGUUCAUCCUGUUGGAUGGUGUGCAACAAGGGGUAAACCACUAAUACCUCCUAAAUCUAUUCAAUCCAAACAUCAUGAUUGGAAAGACUACUUAGUCAAAUGUUUGACUGGAGCACGAACUCUUCCAACUAAUUUCAGUACAAAAGUUUUUGAGUCAUUAAAAUCAAAAUUUAGAAAUGAUUUAACAUUAGAAUUGGUUGACAAAGAAUAUAUAUCUCAAGUAAAAGUAGCUAAAAUUUUAAACAUAAUUGGUAAACGGUUAGAAUUAAGAUAUUAUGACAAUGAAGAGCAAGUAUUUUGGGUUCAUGAAAAUUCACCUUUAAUUCAUCCUGUUGGUUGGGCUGGACGAGUAGGUCAUAAUUUGUGUGCACCAGAUGAAUAUCAGGAUAGAACGUCUAAAGGACUACGUGACAAAGAUGAUGCAACAGAAGAUCUUUUCCCUAUAUCAAUACCUUAUAAAUCUGGAUUUCAAGUAGGAAUGAAAUUAGAAGCUAUUGAUCCUUUAAAUCUUGCUACAAUUUGUGUGGCAACAGUCAUGAAGGUUUUAAAUGAUGGCUAUUUAAUGAUUUCUAUAGAUUUUUACAACAGUUCUUCUAAAGAUUGGUUUUGCUAUCACUGUAAAUCUGCUAGUAUAAUGCCAGCUGGAUUUUGUGAUGCUCAUGAAAUAAAUUUGAAACCUCCUCAUAAUUAUGGGGAUUCUUUUACAUGGAAAAAAUACUUGGAACAAUCUGGCAGUAUUGCUGCCCCUGAUUAUCUUUUUGAUUUGGAAGUGCCUAAACAUGAAUUUAAAAUUGGUAUGAAACUUGAAUGCACAGAUUUAAUGAAUCCACAUUUAGUUUGUGUGGCAACCAUAGCGAGACUCGCAGGAAGACUCAUUGAAGUACAUUUUGAUGGAUGGGAAAAUGAUUUUAACCAAUGGCUUGAUUGUUGUUCACCUGAUAUCUUUCCUGUAGGUUGGUGUGAACUUGUGGGCUAUAAACUAGAAGGUCCAAUAAAACAAUUUAUAAAUGAAACACGACCGAGUAAAUCAAAAAGUAAAAAGUCUAAGAAAAGAAUAGUUGUAAAAAAAAUACCUUCAUUAAAUUUGAUUACAAAUCCUACUACUUCUUGUUAUUCUACAUUUGAUUUGUGCCAAUCAUGGGCUGCAAACAAUAAAAUUUCAUCUAAUUGUGAAAGAAGUCCAGUGUCAGCAGCAGAACCGUUUGGGCCUGAUCAGUCAUUACCAAUAGCUUGUAAUGUGGCUACUUUAAAAGAAGAAUCAUCUGAUAAAUCAUUUUUAGAAAGAGAUGCUGAGACAUGGAGUGAAAGAGAUGUUUCACAAUUUUUAACAUGUAAUCAUUGUACAGCAUAUUGUGGUGUAUUUAAUGUCAAUGGUAAACAGUUGCUAAAUCUUACCAAAGAAGAGAUAAUUCAUAUGACGGGAAACAAAGUAGGUCCAUCAUUGAAAAUAUUUGACCUAAUCCAACAAUUAAAAAACAAAACCAAAAAAAAGAAAUAUGUUUAAUAUUUUAUCAAUUUAUUUUUUAUGUUAAAAGAUUUUGUUAGAUCUUAAAAGUGAGAUAGUAUAAAUAAUUAGUUUGAGUUAGACAUUCUUAAUAUUUAAUUUAAAAACAGUUAUACAUUAGAUUUAUUACUUAUUUAGUUAACUGUAAAUUUAUUUACAUUUAAAAAGAUUGUAUGACACUAAUUAUAAAGUAUAAACAAAUUUAAUUUAUUUAUAAGGCUAAUAUUUUUUUAAUCUGUAUAAAUAUAUUUAAGUUUGAAGUUUUGAUACGCUAAUCAAUGGGUAUGCUUCUUGCUCAAAUUCGUGCCCUAAGAAAAAUAUUUAUAUACCAAUGUUAAUAACUUAGAAAAUAGAUUUUUUUUUUUAAAGUGGAAGAUUUACUCUUAUGAAUGUUUUUUGUGUAUGACAAUUAGUCUAAUUUCCUAGUUAUCUUGCAUGUUUAAACUUUGAAACAUAUUUUUAUAUUACAAAGUUAUAUAAAUAUUUAUUUUUUUCAUUAAAAUUUAUGAUAAGAAAUUAAGUAUUUUAGACUUGAAAGUCUUGAAAAUUAGUUAAGUAGUUAUAAAACGCUAAAAUUAAUUAAAAUUACUACCUUUUUUGUGUUGUAUGCCUUAUUUUAUUAGUAUAUAUUUAAUUUAAGCAAUAAAUUAUUUAAAUAUAUAUUGUUAAAUUGAUACAGAUAAUUAAUUUUCAGUUGUGACAUAUUCUGUUUCUUAAUUAUUGUUGUAUGUAUAUUUUUCUUAUAAAAGUAAAUAAUGUUUGGUAAAAUUAUGACUAAGAAAAAUUAUUUGUUAUAUGACAGAACAGUGAUUUUUCUUAUUCUUUGAUGUCAGUGGCCUUUUUUGUAAGCAUUAUGUGAUUAUAAUAAUUGAAUGUAUUGUUAAGAAAUAGAUAAUUGUAUUAUUUUUACGAAAUUGUUUUUAAUUCUUUCAGUUUAAAAGUGUAUACUAUUUAGAAGAUAUAAUUAAACAAAAUUUCCUGAACUGUUUUUUUGUAA